AUGGCUGUAAUGACAACAAUAUUUAAAAGACUUAACAUACCACUGUCAACCAAGAAAACCGUGGGUCCUACUACAUGCCUGGAAUACUUAGGUAUCGUCCUCGACUCGGGAAGAAUGGAAGCCAGACUUCCAGCAGAUAAAGUACAGCGUAUCUGUGAUGGUAUUAGAGAAUUACUGGGAAAAUCUGUGUGUACAAAAAGGCAGUUACUUCAACUUUUAGGUCACCUGAACUUUGCUUCACGCAUUAUAUUACCAGGACGGCCGUUUGUUUCAUACUUAAUAAACCUUUCUACUACUGUCAAAGCACUACAUGAUUUUGUUUACCUCACAAAAGAGUGUCGUACCGACCUCAGGUUUUGGCUGACUUUUCUUCAGCAAUGGAAUGGCGUGAAUAUGUUCUACAACAUACACCUCAUUACAAGCCAUGAACUUGACCUCUAUACAGAUGCAUCGGCUACUAUAAGUUUCGGAGGAUAUUUCCGUGGAAAAUGGUUUUCAUCUCCAUGGCCGUCAGACAUCCCUGAGGUUAAGGAAACUUCAUUGUCUAUCGCGUAUAAAGAACUAUACCCCAUCGUAGUGGCAGCUAUCUUGUGGGGGAGUCUAUGGGCUAAACAGCAGAUAGUUUUCUGGUGUGAUAAUGAAGCUACAGUAGCUAUCGUGAAUAAAGGACGUUCAAAAUACCUCUAUAUCAUGGAGCUUAUGCGAAAAUUGACCUGGUGUGCUUGUAUACAUAACUUUAAUUUCCGGAGUAAACAUGUCCCAGGGAAUUGUAACUCUAUAAGUGAUUCUCUUUCUCGUCUACAGAUACGACGGUUCAGGAACCUGGCACCUCAAGCGGAUCUCAAGCCCCACCAGUGCCCUUUGUACUCUGAAGUCAUCUGGAGUUGA